AAUAGUAAUGUGACAAUAUUCAGUUUACCUCAAAAGUCAAAGCAAAGUUGAUAGUUUUCUCAUUGUGAAAAAGUUGUUACAAGGUUAUGGCAGUAAUGGAAGAAAAGCAUUCUCUUCUCCAUGGAACAAUUGAAGCUACUAUCUUUGAUGCCACACCUUAUUCGCCUUCAUUUCCCUUUAAUUGUCUAUGGCCAAAUGGAAAGCCAGCUUUUGUGACCAUCAAAAUAGGCAACAAGGUGAUGGCAAAAACUACACAAGAAAGAGGGCGUGUGUGGAACCAAACCUUUCAGAUUCAAUGUGCUCAUCCAAGUGAUUCAACCAUCACCAUCACUCUGAAAACACCAUGUUCCAUAUUGGGAAAAUUCCAAAUUAAGGCUCAACAAUUGAAAGAAGGAAGCUUCAUGAAUGGUUUCCUCCCCCUCCUAAUGGAAAAUGGAAAACCAAGCACACAACUCAAGUUGAGGUUCAUAUUAUGGUUUAAGCCAGCAGAUUUGGAGACAAGUUGGGCAAAGAUAAUUAGCAAUGGGGAUUAUAAAGGGAUUAAUGAUGCUACAUUCCCUCUGAGGUCUAAUUGUCAAGUUAAGCUCUAUCAUGAUGCUCAUCAUUCACAUGAUUUUCAACCUCCUUUUGAUCUAUGUGGAGCACCAAGAAAUCUAUGGGAGGAUGUCUACAAAGCAAUUGAGGGUGCAAAGUAUUUAAUUUACAUUGCAGGGUGGUCCUUCAAUCCCAACAUGAUUCUGGUUAGAGAUCCUCAAACAGAAAUCCCACAUGCCAGAGAAGUAAAGUUGGGUGAACUAUUGAAGAGGAAAGCAGAUGAAGGAGUGGCUGUGAGGAUUAUGAUUUGGGAUGAUGAGACAUCUUUGCCUUUAAUUAAGAUCAAAGGUGUUAUGAACACCCAUGAUGAAGAAUCUUUUGCUUACUUCAAACACACAAAAGUAAUAUGCAGAAAAUGUCCAAGAUUACACCAUAAGUUCCCCACAGUCUUUGCUCACCACCAGAAAACUAUAACUCUGGACACCAGAGCACCCAACAACUCUGCUAAUGAAAGAGAGAUUCUGAGCUUCUUGGGUGGUGUUGAUCUCUGUGAUGGCCGGUACGACACAGAGACACACUCAUUGUUCCGAACACUUGACAAGGAAUCUCAUUACCAUGACUUCUACCAGACAAACAUUGCAGGAGCUAGCCUCAACAAAGGAGGGCCAAGAGAGCCAUGGCAUGAUGCUCAUGCUUGUGUAACUGGUGAGGCUGCAUGGGAUGUUUUAACAAAUUUUGAGCAAAGAUGGACAAAACAAUGUGAUCCUUCUCUUCUAGUCCCUGCCAACACCUUAGUAAAGCUCUAUCCUUCUUUUGCAAGUAAUCCCUCUGAGAGGGAUUGGAAAGUUCAGGUAUAUCGAUCAAUUGAUCAUGUAUCUGCUAGUCAAAUGUUUAGAAAGCUUACUGUUGAGAGAAGCAUACAUGAGGCUUAUGUGGAAGCGAUUAGGCGCGCCGAUAAGUUCAUAUAUAUUGAGAACCAAUAUUUCAUUGGAGGGUGCCAUUUGUGGGAGAAAGAUAGUUAUAGUGGCUGUGGAAAUCUGAUUCCAGUUGAGAUUGCACUCAAGGUUGUUAGUAAGAUCAAAGCAAAAGAGAGGUUUGCAGUGUACAUAGUAAUACCAAUGUGGCCAGAAGGUGUUCCUGAAAGUGAACCAGUUCAAGAUAUACUGCAUUGGACCAGAGAAACAAUGGCAAUGAUGUAUGGAUUAAUUGGAGAAGCAAUACAAGAAAGUGGUGAGCCUGGGCACCCAAGAGACUACUUGAAUUUCUUCUGCCUUGCGAAUAGGGAACAGAAGGGAAUAGAUGAGUUUCUUCCACCACAUUCUCCACAUCCUGAAACACAAUACUGGAAUGCACAGAAAAACAGAAGGUUCAUGGUUUAUGUCCAUUCCAAGAUCAUGAUUGUGGACGACCUAUACAUAUUAAUAGGAUCAGCCAAUGUGAACCAAAGAUCCAUGGAUGGACAAAGGGACACAGAGAUUGCUAUAGGAUGCUACCAGUCUCAAGAUGGAGCUGAGUCUGACAAACUCAUGAAUCAUGGUGAUAUUCAUGCAUACAGAAUGUCACUGUGGUAUGAACACACCCAGAGCACUGAUGAACUGUUCUUGGAGCCGGAAAGGUUGGAUUGUGUGCAUAGAAUGCGGUUGAUAGGAGAUAAAAUGUGGCAAGUGUACAGGAAUGAAGAGAUUGUGGACAUGGAGGGGGUGCACCUUGUAACAUACCCCAUUAUGGUAACACAAGAAGGGUGUGUAGAGGACAUGCCUAAUGGUGAGGAUUAUUUUCCUGAUACAAAAUGUUUAGUGAAAGGAAAGAGGUCUAAGUUACUACCCCCUCUAUUUACCACUUAGCAAUAUGGGCACACAAAAACAAGACUAACAAUUCUUUUGUGUAUAUCCCUUUUCCCUUCAGUAGUGUUCAUGUACAUUAUGAAUUUAUGAUUCUGAAAAAGCAGAGACCUUGUACAUUUGUGAUGAUUGGUGUUGACAAGAGGCUGAGACAACAAUCGAUGUAAAUUCAAAUUACUUAAUAAACUUGUCUUUCCAUUGGUC